AUGCCCCGGCGUGGCAAGACGCAUCUCACUGGUGGCCAGUCCGCAAACAGUGAAGAUCAGGGAAUCGGAUUAACGUCACAUAUCCAUCAGGACUACCAUCGUUGUGAUGUAGAGUGGUCUGAGCAGGAAACAGUAGAUGCGGAAGUAUCCCAAUUGGUAAACGGAGGCGCGGCUGCCCUUCGUAAUCUUAGGAGAUGGCGCAACUCAACGAGUUCCGGGUACUCAAGCCAUUCGUCGCCUCUCUCUGCUGGCUCAUAUUCAACAUGCUGUGCUUCAGUUCUCCGAAAUUCCGCGGUCGGGACACUUGGUGCCGAGGCCGCUCUCGGUCUAGCAGUAAUUCACGAAGCAGAAGCAAUACCACGUCCUAUUUGGCCUUGUUCAUCCAUUUAUCGUAGAGAUUUACACUUAGUUGGUUGCGAGACGCUUGACUGUGAGGGCUUAUCUGCCAGUUGCAGUUACGCUCGCGCUUACACGUACGCCAGUCGAUGUCGCAAUGCUUGGCGAGACUGUCAGCCUUCUGCCCGUACGGCACAAGAAGUCCUCCUCGAGCUUUCACGGACCCUCAACUCUGUUAUUGACGGCGAGUGCGACAUGACGCCUGAAGAAAUUCUUCGUGACAUCUCUCGUACUGUGCAAAAAGUUGAGAAUAAUGGAACAAACGGAACAACAUCUACUGGUGUUUCCAGUGAAGAACACAUUUAUCGACUUUCAUCCUCUUCCUCCAGCGCUAUCGGCCAGGACUCUGUUACUGUUAAUCCUGUAAAUUUUAAAUUGUACAGUAAAUCUGGAUACGCAAAUGUUUCUGUACCAUCUUUCAAAACAUCUUACCAGUGUCUUCAUGAAGGAAAAACACUUUUACUUAAAUCUUCUGCUAAAUCUCAAGAUAAAUGUGACAAACAUCAUCAACAAUACAAUCAAAUUCCAGCUGUUUUUCUUGUGCCGCGUUGCAAUGGUAUUCAUACUUCACGUAAGAUUCCCAACUGUAAUGCCAAAAGUGCUGAAAAUUCAAAUGACAAAGAUAAAAAUAGAUUUAUUAAAAUACAUGAUAAUUCUCAAAAUGUUAAACACAAUAGCACCGUUCCUGUUAUUGAAAAUAUACAAGAUAAAACUUGUUAUAAUUCUAAUGAACCUGUAUAUUCUACGCAGCUAGACCUCAGUGAUGAAAGUUCCUCUUAUGGUGCAGUUGGAGAGUCUUCAAAUAAAGCUAAUUGGAAUCAAGGCAUAUCAGUUUUCAACAAAAGUUUGGAUUUUACAUUAGAUGGUCAUCGAGCUGAAAGAUUAGGACGGUUAAUUGCUCGAGCUAAACGUAAACGACAGUGGUGUCGUGCCCUCACUACAAUCUUAGGGCUAGUCUUUUUUGUAUUAAGUGUUGUCGUUGUUUCCAUGUCUGUUACUAAGGGACGUAAAAUAUUUGGAAGCAUGUAA